AUGUUGAAACGUACUGGAUUGGAAACAUUCAAGAGAGGGCUUGCGUCCCACGGCGAGACGCUGCUGCCACCCUUGCUCCUGUACAGAAGGUUGUUAAGGGCCCACAGACGCUACUUGCCCGAAGUGCAAAGAUCGGUUGGGGAUACGUACGUGAAGAGCGAGUUCCAUUUGCACCAAAACAUAGAUAAUCCGCUGCAUAUUGUCGGGUUCUUGACCAGUUGGCAGGACUACCUGCACAUGAUCACCAACGGUAAAUGGCAAGAGGGCACCAUGUCGCAGCAGCAAUUGGAGAAAAUGUCGUCGGACCAGGUGGUCCAGCUGUACGAGCUCAUGAAGGAGAGCGAAAGAGUGCUGAAAACUACCAAAGCAGAUGAAGAUGCCGGCCCGACCAAGAGCUGA